AUGGAAAAUGGCCAGGAUGAAUCUGAUGAUUCAACACAGCUGAUUCUUCGAAGAAAGGGAUUGAGAGACCUGCAAGCCCUGCAUUUUCCGCACCGGGCCACUUUGCGCAUUGUUUCCCUCUCCCACAACGCUUUGGAAGAUCUUGGUCCAAUUUCAACACUUCCGUGCUUGGAGGAGUUGAAUGUCAACCAGAACCGGUUAGGUGACCUCAGCGCAGUGUGCGCUUGUCCCCUGCUCAAGGUCUUGCUGGCUGCCAACAACCGGGUUACAACAGUAGGGGGACUGGAAGAACUUCCACGGCUCAGAAGACUGUCGCUUUACAGCAACCUUCUUCCGGAUUUAGACACGUUGAUCGAACAUUUGAGCAGAUUUCCACAGUUGGCCGCGCUGGACCUUGGCGGGAAUCCUUGCUUCCAGGACAUCGCUCACAGGCACGGGGUCGUGAGAGCCCUGCCAGGUCUCAAAGAACUGGAUGGGGAUGUGCUUGCCGGCGUCGAUAGGCAGCUUGCCGCGGAGUUCUUUGCUUGUGCAGAGGAAGUGGGUUUGGAGAGGCGGCCCGGCAGUUCCUACGGCCUUCGCCCGAAGACAGCUCCUGUCCUCCCAGAUGCCUCGCCACCAGCCCGAAGCACAGGCCGCACCAGGUCCAGCUCAAGACCACGGUCCCGCAGCAGCUCCAGGCCGCGAUCUGGUUCGCCACAAGUUGGGCCGGAGCCGGCAUUGACCGUGCCGUCAGCUUCGGAGAAUGCCUGGGAGGACGUCGAAAAGUAUCAAGAAUAUACCAAGGCCUUGCAGCUACGCCUGCAAACAACCCAGGUCGAAUGCGAGAAUCUGCAGAAGCAAGUCCAAAGUCUGCGCCGUGAGGCCAAAGAGCCGAUUCUCGGCACAGCUGCGCUGCGAGAUCGUCUUCGUGAAUUGGAAGAUGCCAAUAAGACUAUGCAUGAGACAGCAGCCAAGAGCCGACAACUGCGGGUCCAGCUCGAGGAGAAGGAGGCUGAACUCCUGCGCAGGAAGCAAAUGCUUGGGAGUGAUCGUCCAGGAACGGGCGCUGCAUCAGCAAGGCCACGAACUGCACAGGCAGCCGUCGAAUCAGUGCUGCUCACCUCGCAACCUGUGACACUGGAGGGCUACAAAGCCCGCUGCAGCGCCCUCAAGCGUGAGGUGGAGUUUGAAAGAGAGCGAACCCUACAAUUGCGAGCAAAACUAUGCUCCGAGAUAUUGGGUCGAGACAUUAGCCCGCCUCCAAGCACCAGGAGUUGA